AUGCAUGUACUAUUAACUAAUGACGAUGGUCCAAUCAAUGACAACACUUGUCCUUAUAUGAAAUAUUUUGUUGAUGAAAUAAUAACUGAAACAGAUUGGGAUAUUUCGAUAGUUAUUCCAGAGGUUCAAAAUUCUUGGAAGGGAAAAUCAUUUAACCCUGGUAAACCAUUAGUUGCAACUUAUAUUUAUACAAAAUACUCAACAGACUUACCAAAUUCCAACAUCAAUAAAUAUGAAGGUCCUUUCAAUCAUCCACAAUCUAAAUUCAAUUCAAAUCCUGAAUAUAAAGAAUGGUGUUUGAUCAAUAGUACACCAGCAGCAUGUGCAGAUCUUGGUAUUCAUCAUUUAUAUAGACAUUCCAAAAACAAACCAAUCGACUUGGUAAUAAGUGGACCAAAUUUUGGUAAAAAUUCAAGUAAUAUUUAUAUUUUAUCAAGUGGAACAGUCGGAGCUGCAAUGGAAGCUGUUACUCAUGGAGUUAAAUCAAUUGCAUUAAGUUAUGCUUUCCAUUCAUUAGAUCAUGAUUUCAAAAUUUUAAAAGAAGCAGCUAAAAUUUCAGUAAGAUUAAUUAAAAAACUUUACAAAGAAUUACAAACAAAUUCAGAAAUUGAUUUAUAUUCAAUUAAUAUUCCAUUGGUUGAUUCUUUAAAAUUAGGUAAAACAAAAGUUGAAUAUGCACCAAUUUUACAAAAUAAAUGGGGAUCAAUUUAUGAACCAACUCAGGAGCCAAAUGAUAAAGGUCAAUUACAAUUUAAUUGGGCUCCUGAUUUUAAGAAAGUUUGGAAAGAUGGGUUGAAUGACCAUGCUCAUACUGAUUCAAGAGUAUUGUUGAAUGAAGGUGUUAGUGUUACUCCUUUAAAAGCUACUUAUAAAACAAUAGAUUCAAUAGUGGGUGAAAUUAAAUUAGAUAAUGAUGAUGAUGAAGAAGAGGUAAAGAAUAAUAGUGUAAGCCACAGUGAUGCCAAUACAUUUUUAAUAACAAUACCUAAAGAUUCUUACUUAUACGAACCCUUGGUGGAGCCAUUCAAGAAAUUGAAUUAUAAUAUUACAUCAAACGCUGAUGAGAUACCGUCAAAUAAUAAAAUUUUUCAUUAUGGUGAAUAUGAAGAUUUAGAUCUCGACAAAAUUUCCAAUAAUGACAAGAAUUAUUUUAUACCAUCUUAUAUUUAUCGUAAAGCACUUAUAAGAAAACAUUAUUUAUCAAAUACAAUACAUCAUUAUAUAACAAAAAAUCCAAACUCCGUGUUAUCAAAGGCAGUACCUGAAAAUUAUCAAUUAGAGAUUGAUUAUGCUGAGUUCUUAGAUGAUUCUUUAGAUGAAUCCUAUGAAUUAAGAGAAGCUAUAGAGAAAGGUGAUAAAGUAUGGAUUGUUAAACCUAGUAUGAGUGAUAAAGGUCAAGGUAUUAGUAUUUUCAGGACAACUGAUCAAUUACAAGCCAUAUUUGAUGCUUUUGAUAAUGAUGAUGACGAUGAAGAUGGAGAAGAGGAUGAAGAAGACGAUGAGUUGAAAGAUGAGAAGAAAAUAGUAGAAACGAAAAAGCACAAUGGACUAAUAUUAUCACAUUUAAGACAUUUUAUUAUUCAAGAAUAUAUUUCCAAUCCUUUACUAUUAACAAAUUAUGAUAAUAAAAAAUUCCAUUUACGUACAUAUGUUGUGUGUCAAGGAGAUUUAAAAGUAUUUAUAUAUAAAAAUAUUUUAACAUUAUUUGCAGAUUUAAAAUAUGAAAAUCCACAUGAUGAUAAAAAGAAACCAAUUGAAUUAAAUGGACAUUUAACAAAUACAUGCUUACAAGAAGAUAAAGAUCCUUUAGUUGUACCAUUUUGGAAUUUACAAGAUAUAACAGAGGAUAAUAAAUUAAAAAUUUUUAAUCAAAUUAAAGAAAUUACAAAAGAAUUAUUCAAAGCAGCACAAACAAUUGAUAAAUUUAAUUUUCAACCUUUAUCGAAUGCUAUAGAAAUAUUUGGAAUUGAUUUUAUUGUUGAUUCAUCGAAUAAAGUUUAUUUAUUAGAAGUUAAUUCAUAUCCUGAUUUUAAACAAACUGGUGAUGAUUUAAAAGAUUUAAUUUAUAAUUUAUUCAUAUUGGUUGUUAAUGAAAUUAUUGAUCCAAUGAUUACUAAUAAAGAAGUAGCAGAAUAUGAUAAAAACUUGGUACAAGUUCUUUAA